CAUGCAAACAAAUAUUGCUACAAAUACAUUUACAUUUACAACAGUGUAUGUCUGUCUGUGUGUGUCUGUUACUGUUUUGGCGUUUGUUUUGGGCCUCUUGUCGCCCAGUUGCUUGUCGUGUGUCGAUCUUGGAGCGUCGCGUAUUGAUUAACUCUGGAGCGUGUAAGCCAGCAUGCGCAGACACCGCUGACUUGGCUUAACUACGCUUAGCUGAGCAUAAUUUAACAUUUUAUACAAGUUUUCAUUGUGUUGUUUUUAAUUAUGGAACGUGUUCCGGAGCGGCGCUUUAAUCUUUAGCUAUGUCUAUGCAAAUGUCACUGACUAAGAACGGAAAUUAAUAAAAGUUUUGCAGCCAGCCAGCCGUCAUUAUGUGAACCAGAACCAAAUGCUAUCAAUGCGUUGAGGAGCAGUCUCAGCAGCCAAAAGCAGUCUACAGAAGCAGCAGCAGCAGCAGCAGGUGCCUUUAUCAUUGAAGCCUGAGCGCCGCACAGGAAAUGCUGAAACACGCCUCGAAUGCGAGCAGUGCCACUGCUGCUGCCAACAGCAGCAACACCACCAAUAGCAGUAGCAACAACAGCAGCAGCAACAAUAAUAAUGCCAACAACGGCAGCACACCCUCUGUUGCAGCAACAACAACUACAACCACCACCAGUCCAGUGCCAACCAUUGCAGCAGGCGCUUCACCAACACCCGCUACAGCAGCAGCAGCAGCGGCGGCGGCUGCGGCAGCAGCUGUUGCCAGCACAGCACGCAAUAUACACCUGCGACCACCACAGCCGCUUAACAUAUCCGCACUGAGCGCGUCCACGCGUGCCGGUGGCAAUGUCUCUACGUUGCUCAACAUUGUGACGCCGCCAAUGAAGCCACUCACGCCACUGACGCCCAAUGGCAAUUGCCAUUCCAAUGGCAACAGCCUGCAUCAUCAUACGUACACCAAUCAGCAUAUGCUGGCCAGCAGCAGUAGCAGCAAUAUCAAUAGCCAGCAACAGCAUCAUCACCAACCGACAUCGCAUCAGCUGCAGCAGCAGCAGCAACUUCACAACAACAACAACAACAACAGUCAUAUGCACAACAAUAAUAAUGUGCACAAUUAUAGCCACUGCAAUAAUUUGGCAAUUAAUCCAAAUUCCAUGCUGCAGGCAAGUGUUAAGCCCACUAAGCACGGGCCCGGACCACGCGAGGUGCUCACCAGUCUGGGUUUGCUCUGUCUAGUGUCUCUGCUGUUGGCGCUGCUCUCGCUGAUCUUUCUGCUAAAGAUCUCGCCCAACAGCCGCGAGGAUGCGCUUACCCGCAGCAUAAGUAGCGAAGAUUUUAUUAUUGUGUACGAUGUGACGCUGGCGCUUUGCGCCUUGUCGCUCUCGCUUAAUCUCUGCUGCUUGCUGGUCUGCGCCAUACAAUUUCUGUUUGCUGUUAAGCUGCUGCGCUCGCCCAUGUUCGAUGGACGGGACAAUAAGUAUCUGGAGAAGUCAAGUGCGAGUCGCACGUGCGCUGUAAGCGGCUUCUUUAUCUCCAUACCCGUCUUUCUCACCGGUAUCAUACUCUACACGUUCAAUCAUUUUCACUCCACGCCGGCGAUCAUAACCAGCGUGCUUAUUGGCGUGGGCAUUGUAUUCUGCGGCGGCGCCAUGGUGCACAAUGUUUUUGUGUGGCAAAAGGAGAAGACCAUAAGCUAUCGCAGUCCGGCGGUGCCACUCAAUAUGUCGUUGCUGUCUGCGGCAAGUCCACUGCCGCCGCCGCCACCGCCGCCGCCAGUGCAGUUCAUUAGUGGUCCUGGCUAUGCCACAGCGCACAACCAAUCGCUGCUGCCUGUCCAGCUGUAUGCGCAACAGAGUCAGGGCCAUAAUAUGCUGCCGCAUCAUCCCACGUCGGUGACGCCCGUAUCACCUAAUCACUCGCAUGGCAGCUUCAAUCCGCUACUCUGCGCGGCCGCCUCCGUCGGCACCAACAAUAACAUGUCCAGUGCAGCCAUCAAUUCGUCAUUUCUAGUGCGGCCGGCAACGGCCACACCGCCCACACCAAAACCCAUUGGCCUGACUGCCAACGGCAACUGUUUGCUGGGCCGCGAAGCCAGUGGCUCCAUAAGUCCGGGCAUACCGCCAACGCUGGACAUGAGCAACAUCACCAACAUAUCGCUGCAUGAGCUAUCGACGCUAGUGUAGCCUCACAAACUGAAGGAACAAAA